AUGGAGAACGACCGUGGUGUCCUUGUCGACCUUUACAUCCCCCGCCACUGCGCGGCCACCAACCGCCUCAUCACGGCCAAGGACCACGCGUCGAUCCAGAUCACUGUCGCCGACGUCGACGCCGAGGGCAAGGCCAUCAAGGGCCAGGGCUCCACCAUUGCUCUUUGCGGCAAGGUGCGCCAGCAGGGCGAGGCCGACGACUCGAUCAACCGCAUCGCCACCAAGGAGGGCCUCCUCAAGGGCGUCUGGACCUACACCCGGUAA